UUGCUCGACUGAUCCGCAUGGACUUUUGUCAGCGUCGAAUUUGAAUCGUCGGUAAUCCAAGAAUCAUGAUGCGCUUUAUUUUUAUCGCAACUCUCUGCCUUUCACUGGAACUCCUGCAACAUCGGACAAACGCGCAUGACGACGCACCUUGCCUGUUGCGUGGCGAGCCGGUACGAAAGAGGGACGAUUACACGUACUUUCCCGGUGUCGGUGGAUACAAGUUUCAUCACGUGAACAAAACGUGGUUCGAUGCGCGCUUGGUCUGCGAAGAAGAAGGCGGCCACCUCGUCAUCAUCAACAGCGCUGACGAGGCCCAGGCCAUAAUUUCGGUGUUCAAGCGAGCAAAGAAGAUCCACGGCUUCCGGGACGUUGCCUUUUGCGGUUUUCAUGAUCUUUUCCGGGAGGGCGAGUAUCUCACUAUUCACGGACAGUCGCUGGAACAGGCUGGCUAUGCGAUCUGGAAUAAAAGAGAAUCCAAUAAUUUCGACAACGAUCAAAAUUGUGGGGGAAUACACUUCCGUGGUACUUUACACGACCUCAAAUGCCACUCACCUCUCGAAUUUGUAUGCGAACGUCCUUAUACUGCAGAUUAUUCCUUAUAAUGAUCUCAAGGAAACACUAAUAAUCCGAUUUAAAUACGAUAUUUCAUUUACAACCUCGACAAUUGGGCCUCAAAAAUCCAAACGAAACGUCUAAUAGGCGUUCUAAUGUAAUUCAUAGUAUCCACAUAGCAUAACCUGUUCAUCUAUCUCAAUUGACCCGAACUUGUUUAUUUCGAAAUUAAACCGUUCAU